CAACGCUGACUGCUGAGCCAACGAACGGACAUGGUGAAACAGCGUGGAUCCGGGAGGAGGUCCGUGGAGCGCCCGAUAGCCGUUCGAGAUUGAUAUACGGUCGAGUCUGUAUGGAAGGCCGAGACGCCUCCAUCACGGUAUAAAAGCUUACUUCUUUUCUUGCUUCCAACGUCUCAUCAACCACGCUCUCUCUUUCGACUCUGUUGACCAGAUAUUCCUUCCUUCCUUUACCGUCUCUUUAUCACUGUUCUGUUGACCAGAAUUCAUCAUGCAUUCCUUCCAGCUUCUUGGCCUGGCCGCUGUCGGCUCUCUCGUCUCCGCUGCUCCCACUGCUUCUCGCGUCUCCGACCUUGUGAAGAAGUCCUCCUCUACCUGCACGUUUACCUCUGCUAGCGAGGCUAGCGAGAGCAUCUCCAAAUGCUCCAGCGUUGUCCUCAGCAACAUCGAGGUGCCUGCUGGAGAGACCCUUGACUUGUCUGAUGCCGCUGACGGUGCUACCAUCACUUUCGAGGGCACCACCAGCUUUGGCUACAAGGAGUGGAAGGGCCCCCUUAUCCGCUUCGGUGGCAAGCAGCUCACCAUCACCCAGGCUGAUGGAGCUGUUAUUGACGGUGACGGCUCUCGCUGGUGGGACAGCAAGGGUACCAACGGUGGCAAGACUAAGCCUAAGUUCAUGUACGUCCACGAUGUUGAGGACUCCACCAUCAAGGGCCUCCAGAUCAAGAACACUCCGGUGCAGGCCAUCAGUGUGCAGGCAACCAACACCUAUCUGACCGACAUCACCAUCGACAACUCCGACGGUGACGACAACGGCGGCCACAACACUGAUGGGUUUGACAUCAGCGAAAGUACUGGUGUGUACAUCAGCGGUGCUACCGUCAAGAACCAGGACGACUGCAUUGCCAUCAACUCUGGUGAGAACAUUCUCUUCACUGGCGGUACCUGCUCCGGUGGUCAUGGUCUGUCCAUUGGCUCCGUUGGUGGACGUGACGACAACACUGUCAAGAACGUGACCAUCUCGGACUCAACUGUCUCGAACUCGGCCAACGGUGUUCGCAUCAAAACCAUCUACAAGGAGACUGGUGAUGUCAGCGACAUCACCUACUCCAACAUUAAGCUCUCUGGUAUCACCGACUACGGUAUUGUCAUCGAGCAGGAUUAUGAAAACGGCAGCCCUACUGGCACUCCUUCCACCGGUAUCCCUAUCACCGAUGUGACUGUCGACGGCAUCACCGGCUCGGUCGAAGAUGAUGCUACCCGUGUCUACAUCCUCUGUGGUGACGGCAGCUGCUCCGACUGGACCUGGUCGGGUGUUGACAUCACCGGUGGUGAGAGCAGCUCCAAGUGUGAGAACGUUCCCUCGGGCGCCUCUUGCUAG